AGUUUGAAUCGGAGAACCCCCCAAACAUGAGGUGACGGAUACGCGAAUACGGAAUUUAAAAAAAAAAAUAAAAUAAAAUAAAAUUUACGUUUUGUGUGUUUCGUUCGCAUUCUUCCCGCUUCUUCGAGUGCCAAAAAAUUAAAUAAAACAACAACAAAAAUACAAAAAAUAUACAAAGUGAAAUGAAAUAGAAUUUUUCUAAAAUAUUUAUAAAUAUAUAGAGUUUUUCUUUGUUUAUAUGCUGGCCAUGUGCAAAGAUUAAGUUGGCCCUCUUGCCAUAAAAAAAAAAAUAAAAUAAAGUGGUAUUGCGCUGAUAAGGUGUCCGUUGGCUUAUCAAUUAAACCUAGUGUGUGUCCUAGUGUGGGUUGAUAGUGCAAAAAAUUAAUACAGCUACUAGGAAUAUCAAGCUUCCAGACUCUGCAACUGGGAGGAAAUCAACCAUUUGAAUCAUCGGAAUAUUCCAUCUCUGCCACACCAUGGAGGGGCACACUCGUAAUUGAUAGUUGCCCCCAAAAGAGAGAGGAGAGAGAAACUUGUUCCCCAGGAAGUGAGCAAUUGAGGAGGAGGGAUGGCCCACCUUCAGCAGAAGCGCCCCAGUAUCAGCAACUGGUUCUCAUCGCUGCGCCGCCAGCCCAAAAAUAAGAAGAACUCCAUCGGCCUGGGCGGCAGUGGCAGCUUCGGCAGCAAGCAGCAGUUGCAGCGGAGCUGCAUUGACCUCUCCUCCAAUGUGGUGGCCAGCGGAGGAGUGGGAGUGGGCGUGGGCAUUGGCUUCUCGGUGGCCGGCUCCCCGGGGAGUCGGCGCAGCAAUAGCACCUUCUACAUCAAUCCCCUGCAUGUCUCCUCGGCGGAUUCAAAGGAGGACCGACGUCGCCUCGUGGAGGAGGGCAGCAGUAGCGGCAGCAGCCUGAGCAGCGUGUGCACGCGAUGCUUCUGCAACCUGCUGCCCGGCAAGAGCGAGUCCAGCAAGACGCCCACCCCCCUGGCCACGCCCAAGGUCGCCCUCAAGCCACCAGCCAAGCCGCGCUCGCCCUCCCUGGCGCCCUACACCAGUGUGGCCACCUACAAGAUCACCAACCUCUCCCCGGACAGCCCUCCGCCCGCCAGCCCCACGCUCAGCACCGAAACGGUCACCUGCAGCGAUGUCAGGAGCAAGGUCAUCGACGUCCAGCGUCAGCCCUGCCCCGACGAGCCCAACGCCGAGCUGGUGACCAAGAGGAUAGAGUACACGAACACCACUACCACCACGACGACCAGGACUCUGAUUGUGUCCCGGCCGGUGGAACUGCUGCUCAACGAGAAGGGGGAGAUCAUUGCCCGGCGGCCACCUCGCACCACUCGCUCCAACUCCCUCGGCUGCAUGCUGGAUGUGGAGACGGAGGAUGCCGGUAAUCCCGGUGGUGUGGAUAACCAUGGCCUGCAACUGGAAACGGAUCCCAGCUCGGGGUUCAGCUCCCCGCUGACACCCGAUGCCGGUGAUCUUCGCUUCAUCGACGACAGCUCCAAUUCGCAGAGCGAGUCCGAGCGUAAUUCGAUCACUCACAACAACAACAAUAACAACAACAAUGAUGAUGACACCAACAACAAGAAUGGGAAGCGGAACAGCGGCCAGCAGUCGAAUCUGUGCGAGAGCUGUCGCACGCUCCUGGAGAGAAACCGCAGCAAUGCGGAGCAGAGUGGCAAUGUGGUGAUCCUCCGGCGACCCGGAAAGCAAAUCAAAGAUGAAUUGUGCGAGGUCGUCUCGGAAAUGGAGGCACUCGAUGUGCCCGAAGACUGUAAGCAUUCCAACAAGGACAAGCAGAUGUCCAUUGGCCGGAAAAAGUUCAACAUGGACCCGAAAAAAGGCAUUGAGUAUCUCGUGGAGAACAGACUGCUGCGUCACGAUCCCCAGGAUGUGGCGCAUUUCCUCUACAAGGGCGAGGGCCUUAACAAAACGGCCAUAGGCGAUUACCUUGGCGAAAAGAACGAUUUCAAUGAGGAUGUGCUCAAGGCCUUUGUGGCGCUCCACGAUUUCACCAAUCUCAUUCUAGUGCAAGCCCUUAGACAAUUUCUUUGGUCGUUUCGGUUGCCCGGCGAGGCGCAAAAGAUCGAUCGCAUGAUGGAGUGCUUCGCCCAGCGCUAUUGCCAACUCAAUCCGGAUAUAUUCACCAACACGGAUACCUGCUAUGUGCUUAGCUUUGCCAUUAUAAUGCUCAACACCUCCCUGCACAAUCCAUCGGUUAAAGACAAACCCACCGUUGAACAAUUCAUCUCGAUGAAUCGUGGCAUCAACAACGGCGGUGAUUUGCCCCGGGGUCUACUCGAGUCCCUGUACGAGUCCAUACGAACCGAGCCCUUCAAGAUACCCCAGGAUGAUGGCAAUGAUCUGAUGCACACCUUCUUCAAUCCCGACAAGGAGGGCUGGCUGUGGAAGCAAGGCGGCAGAUACAAAUCGUGGAAACGACGUUGGUUCAUAUUGAACGACAAUUGCCUGUACUAUUUCGAAUACACCACCGAUAAGGAGCCGCGUGGCAUUAUACCGCUGGAGAAUAUAUCGGUGCGGGAAAUUCAUGAUCGCAGCAAACCGCAUUGUUUCGAGCUCUUUGCAACUGGCGGUGCUGAUAUUAUCAAGGCAUGCAAAACCGACUCCGAGGGCAAGGUGGUCGAGGGCAAGCAUACUGUGUACCGCAUGUCCGCCGCCACGGAGGAGGAUCAACAGGAGUGGAUCAAGCGCCUGACGCAGUCCAUCAGCCACAACCCCUUCUACGAUAUCCUAGUACAAAGAAAGAAAAAGGCGCUCAGCAAGAGUUAGUAUUAAAACGUAGCUCGGCGCAACUCUUGUCUUGGAUCUCAGUGAAACUCUGCUACGCGUGUGUGGCUGCUCUCCCCCCUUCCCCCAUAAAACAAACAACAAAACAAAACUUUAUAUUCAUAAACAAAUACCUAAUCAUAUUUAAAUGUAACUUUCUGUGUGCAUGUUGAACCAAUGCCCGUAAAUACUAUCUGUUCCAAUUCCCAUAUGAUGAUGUCUCUUUGUAUUCAGUUUGAUCGACUCGACACGAAAAAAAGCCAGCACACGCCGAUGCACCUUUGAACCACAAACUUUGUCUCUAUUGUUGUGAUAUAAUUUAUUUACACUAAGCAUUAACAAUAUGAAUCGAUAUGAAAACAUGAAAAUGCAUCAUUAAGAAAUACACAUUUAUAAACAUUUUGAUUAGUGCAAA